UUUAUAAGGCAAUCCAAAUGCCCUCUAACUCAUGUGCUGAAUGUUCAAGUGACAGUUCACGCGAAUUGGAUUCAAAGUUGGAUACUUACAUUUUCCCGAGAAAAUUCCACACUAUGAUUAACUUUUCGCAGAUCGCCAGUUUCUUCUUCUUCAUCUUGAUCGCCGCCGCGUUCGUCACUAAAUCAUCAUGCUCCGCCAUCAUCAAUCCCUCUAAAGUCAAGCAAAUUUCAUGGAAACCUAGAGCUUUUGUGUAUGAAGGUUUCCUUACGGAUGAAGAAUGCAAUCAUUUGGUAUCUCUUGCGAAGAAGGAGUUGAAAAGAUCGGCUGUGGCAGAUAAUGAGUCUGGGGAAAGUAAGCUCAGUGAGGUUAGGACUAGUUCCGGGAUGUUCAUUAGCAAAGCAAAGGAUCCUAUUGUUGCUGGGAUAGAGGACAAGAUAGCGACUUGGGCUUUUCUACCAAAAGAGAAUGGAGAAGACAUACAAGUUCUAAGAUACGAGGAAGGGCAGAAAUAUGAGCCACACUAUGAUUACUUCUCCGACAAGGUUAAUAUUGUUCGUGGUGGACACCGGUUAGCCACGGUACUCAUGUAUCUCAGUGAUGUCGAGAAAGGAGGUGAAACUGUCUUCCCUGAAGCAGAGGUUAGUUCAAGUUUGUCCCUUUUUUGUACCUUUACACUGAUAAAAGCGUGACGUUUAUCCCACGUGCCGUACACAACUUUUUGUUUUGCUUGUUAGGUUCCACAUAUGAGGUCGUCCAUGCUACUUUGUCCCCCUGAAUAUAUUGUUUCCUAAAUUUAGCUUUUCAUUUGGAUCACCAGUUGUGAGGUAGGUUUUCAAAGCAGAGAUUAGCUUAGAAGUUCAUGAUGAUGAUGUUUUUUGG